GCAGAUUGGAACAGCAGCGCCCCCGGAACACAUGCACAGCUUUGCCUGGAAAUCCGCCUUGGCUUUGACUCCUCGCCAUGGCGCGGCAAUGGAUCCUCGCCCUCUUGCAGGUCUUGGGCGUGAGAGCUUGGUCGAACUGCAGCGACUUUGGGCUCCCCCCCUACUACUACUCCUGCGCCUCUGAGGGCGCGCCCUUGCGCUGCUGCGAUGGCCGCUACCAGGCCUCCUUCCACUCCAUGUGCACUCUGCCGGCGCUGUUCCGGGCGCCCAUCUGCGAGGAGGUGGGGCCCACAGCCGCGCCGGAAGCUUCGGAGCUGGGGGCAGUGCCCCUGACGCGCUGGCCCAUGCUCAUGGCCCACGACGCGGCCACGGGGUACCUGGACAGCCCCUUGAGCCCGGUGGUGCCCUGGGCGCGCACGCAGCCGAAAGACCCGAGCGCCGCCUUCACCACGCAACUGAACUGCGGGGCCCGCGCCUUGGACUUCCGCGGCCACGUCAGCGCCUCCGGCCACUUGAUGUUCCACCACGGGGAUGUGGAGGUGACGCGAGAUGCCGCCGCGGCGGUGGGGGAGAUCGUGCGCUGGGCCGCCCAGCACCCCGCGGUGGAGGACCUGGUGCUGCUCUACAGCUGGGACUGCACGGGUGAUGGCUGCGAUCAGAAGAUGGCCGAGGUCUUCGCGAAAGAGAACAUCACGGUGAUCUCUGACUGCCAGCAGCUGGGCCGGCUCUCCCUGGAGGAGGCAGCACGCCUGGCGCGGCUGCCGGGAGGUGGCCAAGUUCUGGUGAUCACUGACUGCGUCCAAUCGGACUACGACGAAGCCCUGGCCUGCUCCGGCUUUGACGGCCCCUCUGCCGAAGCCGCGCUGGCGGCGCUGCCCGGCUGCGGGGACCUCGGCGGCUUCGAGGCGCAGCGGCGCUGCGGCGAGGCGCUGAGAGGACGCCUGGGCCAAGGCCGGCGGCUCAGGAGCCAGGUGCUGGGCUACUACCAGUGCUGGCAAGGGGCCACGAACGCCGACUUUGCGGUGAAGCGGCUCAUGGACUAUCUGGUGAACGUCUCGUCCACCGAUCCGAAGGACAGCUUUGUGGAGCUGCAGGCGCUGUGGCAGGAGACCCCCAAGUCCGUGGCGAUCGGCGUGGCGCACCUCAGCUCCUUGAUCAAAGAUGAGGAGAAGAGUGGGCUCAACGCCAUGAUGGUCGAGAAGAUCAAGGAGGGCGUCUUCAAGCACAUCAACUUCUUUGAGGUGAACAACGUCUGCGACCAUGGCUUGGAGCUGCAGGCUGCCCUGCGGCAGCAUGCGCGGAAGCAGCUGCAGCUGAUCAUUUGAGCGCUCCGUCUCUUUCCUCAUGAGGAUGGCUUUUAGGGGGUAAAGAGGGGUCGAAGUACCUCCUUAGAAGGUACUUGGAAAUUUUGGGUUUCACGCGACUUGCCUUUUUUUGUCCGCCUGCUUGGGGCGGGGCGAGUCAGUGAAUGGCAUUCCCUUUAAGAGGGAGUUGACGGAGAGGACACAACUCGAAUUGCUUCUGGGCAUCUCUGUUUGGCGCGUGUUCUGUACUCUGGCCUCUGAAGAGGAAGAGCGCCCGUUUGAAAAGACGCCGCAUCGCGUUCUUACUCUCGCGCGAGGAAUU